UCGCAGUUGAAAAGCGGCAAUCGCGUCAGAGAUGCGGUGCCGAUCAUGGCUCCAUUUCAUCGGCCUCGCAGCGCUCAUCGCAACUUUUCUGAUUAUGACGACCGAUGCCCAGUCGAAAUCAAAAGCGAAGGCUAAGCAGAAGCAAGUACAGCGUGCGGGCACGACCAGAAGACGAACUACAACUCGAAGACCUCGGUCGACCACCAAGCCGAUUGCCACGACUAGGAAAAAGGCCGUGCAAACCAUCACGGGAGAUCCGUUCAACCUCACUUUGGAAACCACUCCUGACGUCGAUACUGGCUUCAGCUGCUACGAUUCUUGCCAUCCGAACUCCACGUUUCUAGACACAACCGGAAAAAUUUCAAAUCCCAGCUCUUAUGGACAGUUCGUCGAGGCCUGCGGUAAAACCUACCUGAUCGGCUCCCCUUUGAAAGAUUGGGAUGAAAACUGGCAAACGUGCUGUGCAAUUGGGAUGCAGCCCGUGAUUGUCGACAACAUGGACGAGUCGCAGUGCCUGGCUUCAAAACUACAAUCAAUCGUUCCGCCGAACACUGCGUACUGGUCUGGCGGCUUCAAGCACGAGCUGAACAACAUGUGGUCGUGGUGCUCCAAGGACAGCCCCGAGCCAAUCGACGACAGUUUGAUCACGGAGAUCAGCAACGACGAGAGCAAGUUCGAGGACACGGCCAUCCAGCUCAGCUUCGACUACAGCACGCUGCUCACCAACUGGAAGCCCGAGAACACGUACAAUCUCAUGUGCGAAUCGGUCGAGAAGACAACAAUCGACCUUGUUGGAAGCAAAAAUUGCAGGGCAAAGUGCAUAAACAAGGAAUGCGUCAGAAACACGACAUUUUUCAAGCCAGGUUUGGGAGAACAGUUUGAGCUGAAAGAUCGCUACAAACAUGGCCGCUGGGUUUCAAAAUGCGGGCGCUACUUCCUGUUUUCGAAGGAAAAGGCAACGUAUUUCGAAGCUCGUGACAAGUGUUGCGCCUUGAACACCCGCCUGCUCGCGAUUAAAACUGAGGCGAAAAGGAAGUGCCUCACGAAACUGGCAAGAGAUUAUCCGGAAAUUAUCGGCAACUACUGGACUUCUGGGGCGGACUUCGGGUGUCCCAACAAUUUCCGCUGGUGCUCGGUGGACAGGGCCUUUUUGAGAAAGGAAAUUAAUUGGGGCCCUGGCGAACCGAUGGUGACUAAAGGCGACUGCGUUUAUGUCAAAACCAGUGCAAUUCAUCCGCAAAACACGACUCUCCACGUUGCAAAAUGCACUGACCAAAUGCAGUACGCCUGCGAGGUUCGUCAAUCUGGAACGAGCGUCGAAGCCGUGCAGAAGGAGUGUGCGGAGUUGAUGGUCCUCUCUCUCGAGGAGGUCUAUGCAUUGGAUGUUCCGGAAAAUUACACUUACAGAAUGAAAUGUUACGUCAAGUGUUUGGGAGAUAAUCUUGGAAUGAUUGUUAACAACACGUUGCAAGAGGGCAAUGUGCUUAAACUCAUGGAGAGCUCGAACGAAAAGAGCGACAUGCAAAGGGGUUACGAUGCCAUCCAGAAGUGCAAAAGCGAGCGAGUGGAGAACGACGACUGCGAAAGCGCGUAUCGAAUGUACAUGUGCGGUAAGCGCGAGGCCCCAGUGGUUUUCGGCAAAGUGGUUGUGUACAAGUUCCGCAUCGAUGGUUAUGUUUAUCCGCCUGUGAAAAUCGAGGUGCCGCGCAUUUGCAACAUGAACCAGAAUGUGGACUGCAGACAAAACCGGACCAUGAUGAACGAAUUCUACACAAAAAACGCCACAUCUUUCGGUGGUACAGCAUUUACUGGAUGGGAUGGCAAACUGUGGUACAAAUCUGAGUGGGCUUUGAAUCACACGUAUGAAUACGCGUACAGAUCAUGCUGCGCCCUGAAUAUGUACCUGCCGAUUACGACGACCUUUGACGAAUUCAAAAAACUCUACGACUCGAUCAACGGUUCGGCGGUUGACAAUUACUACGGCGAAACCUUCUCGAAUCCGGAGGGCGAGCGUUGGUGCCGGAACGACGCGAAACUGCACGUCGACAUGACGGCCGAUAACUUCAGUCUUUCUCACGAAAGAUCGUUCUUGUACACGCGACGCGGCGGCAAACCUCUGUACAAGCUGACCACGCUCAUGUUCAGCCACAUGUUCGACACCAGGGUCAAUUACUUCUACUGCGAAUCCUACGUCGAUCCCAAUGAGGCUCAAAAGUAGACGUUUUCUUGCUUUUUCUUGGUUUUGGCUGAUGGCUUUGCGUGGCGGGGAAAUAAAAUAAAAUGAAUUCGGUAUUGAAAUAAA